CCUCACUCACACACUCCCUCUGUCACUCACUCACUCCGUCAGUCCCUCAUAUGAGCAGAUCAAGAGAGAAACAUUCACGGAGGAGAAGCGUCUCCUGCUGAGGAGCUGUGUCACUAUGUCGGACCGUUUCACCUGUUUUUAUUGCCGUGAUGAUCUGAGUGGGAAGAAAUAUGUGCAGAAGGAUAAGCCGGUAUGUGUGCGCUGCUUCGACAAAUUCUGCGCCAACAACUGUGCCGAGUGUCGCCAUCCAAUCAGCACAGACUCAAAGGAGCUGCACUAUAAAGGCCGUUACUGGCAUGAGGACUGUUUCCGCUGCUCCAAGUGUUAUAAGAAUUUGGCUAAAGAGUCGUUCAGUGUGAAAGACGAGCGGAUCCUGUGUGGGAAAUGCAGCUCACGUGAAGAUGCACCCCGCUGCCACACCUGCUACAAACCCAUCCUAGCAGGUGUAGAGAGUGUGGAGUAUAAAGGCAACGUGUUUCAUGAUGACUGUUUCACGUGUUAUAAAUGUAAGAAGCCAAUCGGCUCUGAGAGCUUCAUCACUAAAAAUGAGAACGUUUACUGCAGCAGCUGCCAUGAGAGCAAAUUUGCCAAACACUGCACUGCCUGCAGGAAGCCCAUCACAGCAGGUGGAGUGAACUAUCAGGACCAGCCGUGGCACUCCGAGUGUUUGGUAUGUGUGGUUUGUGCGAAGCCUCUGGCUGGAACUCAAUUCACUUCUCAUGAGCAGAAACUCUACUGUGUCGAAUGCUACAAAACACACGUGGCCAAGAAGUGCAGCGGCUGCCAGAACCCCAUCACUGGUUUUGGAAAAGCCACAAAUGUGGUGAACUAUGAGGGAGGAACGUGGCACGAUUACUGCUUCACCUGUAAGAAGUGCUCUGCGAACCUUGCUGAGAAACGCUUCAUCUCUAAGGAUGGAAACAUCUACUGCACCGACUGCGCAAAAAAACUGUAGAGACACCAAAAAAUAUGAGUGAAAUUCCAUGAACACACGCUGUAUCAGAGUCUCACUGCAGGAGCCGAGCGCAGGAUCGUUAGCUAACGCUGCACGCAAUCUCAUAUCAUUCUGCUGAGUGUCGCUGAAGGAAACAUUAUUUCUAAAUGUCUGCCUUUGUGGUGUGUGUGUGUGUGUGUGUGUGUGUGUGUGUGUGUGUGUGUGUAAGUAAAAUAAUCCUAACUGUUCUUUAAGCCUUACUGCACAAAUCAUAUUAAUUGCACAAACAUAUUUACAUUGAGACUGACAGUGAUGUGUAACUCUGUGAAGAGGAUGAAUAAAUGAGAUCAGAAAA